CCAGGCUCCAGUCGUGGCAGUUUGCUACGAAGGAAAACGAAUGUCGAUUUCUUGUAACCUCGAACGGCCGGAUCAACGAUAACAAACAAUACCUCAAUAAACACGAAACAUAUUUUAUUUAAAAGGAAUUGCAACGAAAUGUAACUUGGUGGACAUCGAUGGUGUUGCUGUAAAAUUGGCUGAGAAAUUUUAGUUUAAAGAGGGUGAAUUCGAAUUUAGUCCUCAUUGAUUCGAUGUAUAGGAUCAUGACGAUUCGAAGAAAUAUUCUUCAUAACAUGAGAUUUUCAUUCUCCAAAAAGUUUUGAAAGAAUCAAUGAUGAAUCCGAACCACUAUGGCUGCUGUCAAACCAACCACCUGCAAAGAAGCCAUACGCCGAUGGGAAGAAGAAAAUGAACAAGAAAUUUCUGCAGCGAAAGAAGUUAGUCUGAGUUUUCAGUGGCCCCCUGUAGAAAGGAUGGACAAUGCUCUGACGAUUUUGACCAGCUGUGAGAAACUUUCUUUGUCGACGAAUAUGAUCGAGAAAAUAGCAGGAAUAGGAACUUUGAAGAAUCUAAGGAUCCUAUCCCUAGGUCGGAACAUAAUCAAAGGAUUUUCUGGUCUGGAAUUACUGGGGGAAACGUUGGAGGAGCUUUGGAUUUCGUACAACCUUAUCGAGAAAAUGAAGGGAAUAAAUGCGAUGAAAAACCUUCGUGUGCUGUACAUGUCCAACAACCUGGUGAGGGAAUGGAAUGAAUUCAAUAGACUUCAAGAACUCGGAAACCUGCAGGAUCUCGUUUUCGUUGGUAAUCCACUGUAUGAAAGUGUCGAGAUAGAGCAGUGGAGGUCAGAAGUCGCCAAACGAUUACCAACUUUAGAAAAGUUGGAUGGCGAACCCAUAAUACGAACAGAAGAAUGUUCAGGUGCAAAUCAAUUACAAAAAGUUGAUAGUCCUUUACAAUCAGAAACUAACGUUGUCUAACCUAAUAUAAGUCACAACUUUUUUCAGUAUUCUAAACCUUCAAUCUAAAAUUUCUUUUUCGAAAUUUUGUUAUGAAGCUUUUACAUAUACAUAUCUAUGUGUAUAACAUAUUGAUUUCAUACUUUUGUUUCAUAUAUAAAUUUAUGUCCUUUUGCAAAUGCUUUAUACAUUUAUAUACACAUGUUUUGUACAUUUUACUAAUGUAUAUUACCCAACAAUAUUUUCUACAUUUUUAUAGGAAAUGUCAUGCAUUUACAUAUAUUUUUAUAUAACAAUAAAAUAAAUGUCAGAGAAAAUAGGGAAAAAGUGAAAAGUACCGACAUUAAGAACUGUAGAACGUAAAAACACUCAUAGGUUGUUCAGUAAAAAGUAAUAUUUUUUAAAACUGAUUUAUAGCGCAAAAUAUUAUUGUUUACAUUUAUUUUUAAUCAUUUAUAUAUUAACCAUUGUUUACUAUGAUCAUUUCCUUCCCCGUAAUUUUUGGUUUCCUUCUUCAAUUAUUUUAUGUCUUGGAUUAAUAACAGAUUCAUUGUUACCGAUUUUUUUACAGAUUGAAAAUAAAGUUUCAAAUUGAAAGUUAUCUAUCUAUAUUUUCGACUUACUUCUUUAAUCUUUUGUAAUUUAUAGGAUUUCCAGUUUCUUACUCUGCAACUUGCAUCAACGUUUCUUAAUUUAACUGUAGUUUUA